AGGAUCCCACUUCCGAAGUUGGAGUAAGAAACCGAAAGCCAAGUGGACACGUUUCUUUUUUGAGUGUUUGUUGUUCCUUUUUAUCCAAUAAAAUAGACUUUUUAGCGGUGGAUGUGAGUCUCACCCAAACAUGGAGCAAGAUCGGAGGCUUGAGCUCAUCGACCUCGCUAUUCAGAAACAUAUAAACGACAAUUAUCAUAACCUUAAAGACCACGAAACUCAAUACCAACAAACUCUCUCUCAACUACUCUCUGCCUCUCAGGAGUUGGAAUUGUCUAAAAGAGACGAAACAGUUAAACAAUCGGAAGUUUCGCCUGUGGCUUCUGUAAUUGAGGGAAAAGAAGGUGAAACUGUGGAUGGUGGAGAUUGCAAGGAAAAGGAAAAGGAAGAUGAUGAGAUAGUUAAAGAGGUGAAAAAGGUGAAGAGGCAGAAUUUUGUGACUCAUUGUCUUCUUUCAGUGAUGAUUGUCCUCACUGUGGCUUGGCAGUUAUCAGAAGUUUCACUUAUUAUGAAAGUCAAGGAUGGAAUCAACCACCCAUUUAGAUCCUUUGGGAAUAUGUUCCAAGAGAUGAAAGAGAAAGCCUUUGACAAUAAUGGCCAUAAUGCUGAUAACAAAGAGAACAAUAAAUCUCUGACUCUUCCUUCUACUAUUAAGGUUCCAGAUAUGACUAAAAUGGAUGUGCCAAAUUUAGGAGAGGAAUGAAACUUGUUAUUUUCUUUUAAGUGGAUGAUUAUCCAUCAUCUAUUGGUUGAACUUGAACGUGAAUUUGUGAAAGUAAAUUAAGGGACAUUUUAAGCGAAUUCUUGUAAUGGAAAGGGUCAAUUUCCA